AUGGCUUCCACCAGCUCUGGAUGGGCACAGCUGCGGCAGCAAGCCCGCUCGCUCGAGACUCAGACUGAGAACCUCUUCCAUACGUAUGCACAAUUUGCUUCACUUACAAAACCCCCGCCCUCGCCGACCGAAGAGGAAUUACGACUUGAGUCGCAGUUGAAAGACCUCCUCGAACGACGUGAAUCUCUCAUCUCGCAACUCUCUCGCCUGCUGGAUUCCGAAGCCACUCUCACGUCCUCAGCCCUCAAGCAGAACAACCUCACACGCCACCGCGAAGUCCUCUCCGACCACCGUCGCGAGCUUCAACGAUUGAACGGCGCCAUCGCCGAGUCGCGCGACCGUGCUAACUUGCUUUCCAAUGUUCGCUCCGACAUUGACGCAUACCGUGCGUCAAACCCAAGUGCUGCUGAGGCGGACUACAUGUUGGAAGAGCGGGGACGGGUGGAAAACAGCCACAACAUGAUGGACGGUGUUCUCAGCCAGGCCUACGCUAUUAAUGAGAACUUCGGCCUGCAACGUGAAACCAUUGCUAGCAUUAACCGACGUAUUGUUGGUGCAGCCGGCCAAGUCCCGGGCAUGAACUAUCUGAUCGGGAAGAUUGGGACCAAGAAGCGGCGGGAUGCCAUCAUCCUUGGUUGCUUCAUUGGGUUCUGCUUUUUGAUGCUGCUAUUCUUUCGGUAA